GACCUGGGUAUAAAUACAGGCUCAGUCCCUGGGACAGCCCAGACACUGGAGAAGAGCCUAGAUGAAGACAUCAGAAACCCACCUUCGUGGUGACAAGGCUCAUAUCCAGAGAGCUACCAACAUCCAUCCACCCUCCAGGAAAAGAAGUGGGACUGUGACUUCUUCCAUUCUCACCCCCUAACUUUGUCAUUUGCCCACUACAAUAAGACCUACAAGAGCCCAGCUUGCUCGGAAGAUGAGUCUCUGAGUACCACCUCUUGUUUAGCUCAUCUACCUCCUUUUGAAACAUGCAAAACACCAUAAGGAACAAGAACUUCAAUUCAGUUGCUGCAGCUCAUGCCCUUGCCGAAGAAAGACGGAAUCAGAGUGGUCUCUGCUCUCUUCCAUCACAGUCCUCAAAUAUAAGAUCAACAUUUAGACCAGUCAUCGAUGGAUCCGUACUUAAAAAUGAUGUGAAGCAGAGAUUGGCGAAGGAGCGCAGAGAAGAAAAGAAGAGACAACAAGAAGCCAACAAAGAAACCCAGAUCCUUGAGAAGGAAAGAAAGACCAGGAUCCAAUAUGAGAGGCAAAUGGAGGAGAAACAACGAAAGCUGAAAGAACAAAAAGAAAAGGAUGAGCAACGGAGAAUAUCUGCUGAAGAAAAAAGGAAGCAAAAACUACAGGAGGAAAGGGAGAGGUUCAAAGCUGUUCUCUAUCGAACAUUGGAACGGAGCAGCCGUGUCGAUUGUCAUCAAAAAAGAUGGUCUUGGGAGGGCUCUACAGCCGUGAACUCUGAGACUAAAACUGUUAAUAAAGAUUCCGUAUCAACUGAAAAACUUGAGCAGAGGGCUUCUGGUUUACACAAACAAAUGUCUUUGUCAUCUGCAGGUCUUCAGAACUCUAUCGCCAAGAAAAAAACAGAAAAGAAGAGAAGCUCGUCUUUGACUAGAAGAUCUGGCAAACUGCAGGCAUCUGCGGAAACUGACCACGUAGAAGAAAAACCAGGUGCUCGUCCCCCGUAUACCAGUCUUCGGGAGAGUAAUUUAAUCACUCGCCUCCUCGUUCCUACAAAAGCAUCAAUAGCCAGGAGCAAAAGUGCUGCUUCUUUAUCAGUCCCUGGGAAAGAUACUCCAGGCACCCGCAGUACUUUAGUCCAGAAUAUAAACGUGCCAUUGUGUAGCCAGAGCAGUGACGAAUUGAAGAGUAACGUAGUGCUUCACAAGUCAUCAGUAGUAGUGCCUUCCGAGGUAGUGCCUCCCCAGGAAAAAGAAGCAGCACUCUGUGAGGUGAGUGCAGAAUCAUCACCCAAGCCAAAAGUGGAAGCUGCCCCCGAGGCAAAGGCAGAAGUUGCCCCCCAGGCAAAGGCAGAAGUGGCCCCCAAUGUGAACGUGGAAGGGGCCGCCACAGUGAGUGUGGAAGCAGCCCCUGAGGUGAAUGUGAAAGCAGCUCCCGCUCCCAAGGUGAAUAUAGAAGCAACCUCCAAGGUGAACAUGGAAGGGUCCCCUAAAGGGAGCAUGGAAGCAUCAUGUGAAACAGAAGUGGAAGCACUCCUUGAGAGCAUGGAAACAUCACCUGAAGUGAGUGUGGACAUGUCCCCCGAGGUGAGCGUGGACCCAUCCCCCACGGUGAGUGUAGACCCGUCCCCUUCGGUGAGCGUGGACGUGUCCCCUGAGGUGAGCGUGGACCCGUCCCCCGAGGUGAGCGUGGAUUCAUCUCCCGAGGUGAGCAUGGAUGCAUCCCCUGAUGUAAGCAUGGAAGCAUCAUCUGAGGCAAGUGUGGAGGCAUCUCCCAAGACUAGUGUGGGAGUGUCCCCCGAGGCCAGUGUGGAAGCGUCACCUGAGGCCAGUGUGGAAGCGUCACCUGAGGCCAGUGUGGAAGCGUCACCUGAGGCUAGUGUGAAAGUAUUCCCCAAAGAGAGUGCGGAAGCAUCCCCCAAGGCAUCCCCUGAGGUGAGCCCAGAAACAUCUUCAAAGGUGAAAGUGAGAGACUCUGCAAAGAAAUCAGAAAUGGACAAACAGGCCUCAAAUCCUACUGCCAAAAAGCGCCCAUCAUCACACAUACCAUGUUAUAAAUGGCCAUCUUCUCCUGCAAGUACAUGGCGUCCACCUUCUCCUAUCAGUGCAAACAGGCAAUUGCAAAAGAAUCGCCCCCCAUCACCUUCACCCGUCAUGUCAAAACUGUCACAUUCUUCUCUUUCCUGUAAAAUAAUUCCUGUUCAGCGUAGCCUAUUUGCGCAAAAUGCAUUAGGUACUCUUGGAAAGAAAAGAGAAGGAAUGCCUAAACCUUCUAACAACUCUGAGGCUGUGAGCCACAAGCAGAUGGUCUAUGAAGAGUCUGGUAAUAAAAGCACACCAGGGACUAUGAAUGCUGAGGAGGCAACAAAAAUUUUGGCAGAAAAACGACGCCUUGCUCGUGAACAAAGAGAGAAGGAAGAAAGGCAACAAAAGGAAACGGAGCAAAGCAAAUUGAAGGACAUGGCAGAGAAAGCAAUUGAAGGCCAACAAGAAGAGUUCUUAAAACUGGAAGAUGGGCAACAGCAGAAGGAAAUAAAGAAAAAAGAAUAUCCAGAUCCAGAAGACCGGAAAGUGCUGCUACAGAAAGGGGACGCCAAGAUAAAAGCUCAGGAGGAGGCUGACAAACGCAAGAAGGAGCAGGAGAGAAUUAUGUUACAGAAUUUGCAAGAGCGAUUAGAAAGGAAGAAGAGAAUUGAGGAAAUAAUGAAGCGGACGAGGAAGACAGAUUCAAAUACAUCAAAGGCUGCAGAAACCUUUGUUGACAACACAUACGAGGAGGACGAGGCGGAUGAUGAGGAUGAGUCGGAAAGUGACGAUGGUUCUUCUGAUGACCCGCAUCCAUCAGCCUUUAUAAAUGGCAUGGAUUCAUCCACAAAACUCAAAACACAUUUUAAAAACAUGAAGAAGAACACUCCCAAGCUGGUGUUUUUAGAUGCCACUUCUGGCCAAGUCCAUAGAGAGACAAAAACAUUUUUUAAUGACGACAUGAAAACCUUCAGACAAAAAAGUGCGAAAGACCCUUUGGCUCAGGCGAAGGGUACCAGAUCGUCCACCAAAAGAAUGACCAGCCGUGCAGCAAAAACCAGAAAGAUAUGUAAACUUCGCACAGCCCAGAAGAGAAUUGAUCAUCUGCUGUGGAUCUCCACUUCUAGUCCCAUCUCCCCUAGUCUUUCUGCCUCUAAUUUGAACCUGGCCAAGAAAAUGAUCAUCAAAAAAAGGGAAAACAUCAGACAGACACCUUAACAUGUAUCUCAGAAGAUGCACAUACCAUCUUGACUCUUGCCCACAGCAAGGAUUCUGAGUAAAAAGUCAUUUUUGUUUUCCUGUAAAUACUUCCACUGUCUCGUUCUUGUUUUCCAGCCAGGGUGUGUGAGUGCACAUCAAGGGUGCCUUUAUGAAGUGGUGACUCUUGAGCUUGUAAACCAAGGAGUAAUUUCCUCUCUUAAAAUAAUGCUUAUUCUGUUUAACAGCUAUGUCACUUUAGCAAUUCAAAGCUGACAUUCAAUCUCAUAGAGGACACAUAGGGUGUGUGAGGGACUCAGGAUUGCUCACAAGAGCUUUGCUGGAUUGUCUCUAAUAGACAAAGGCGAGGCUGCAAAAUACUGUUAAGUUACAUGUUAACCAUUAGGUAUACAUGUGUUCAACUGUGCCAUCACCUGAGCGCACAGGCCCUGACACCCCCACAGGCUAGGAGUGUUGGAAAGUGUGAUCUUGGGACAGUUGUAGCACCCUUUGUGCUCAUCACCAUCACCUUUUGAAGUGCACUUUGGGGUUUAUUUUCAAACAUGCAUAGUGUUUUGAUUGUACCUAAAGCAGUACCUGGCUGUUGUCUGGUGGGGCACGUGCCAUUUCCCCAGUUCACAGUGUGCCAUCUAUUUGUCCUUGUGCUUGCCAGCCCUGCCCUGCAGUGCACACUCGGCCUUGGCAUGUGGAGCCGAUUUGCUUGCCUUUCUCUAGCUGCUGGCUGCAAGUGAACACAGGAAUAGUGCCAUUCUUUGGGCCCCACGAUAGAGAGGUGUGCACACAUGGACGCACACGUACACACGUGCACACGCAUUUGCAUACACACAUUUGUACGCACAUACACACACGGGAUAGGUUUCCUGACAUCCGUCAAAUUCUGCUUAAUACACGCCCUUGACUAAAACUUGAAUGCACAGCAGUUGUCCUACUGCUAAUAGUUUUCUGGUGAAUCAUAAAGGAGUUUGAAGCAAGUCCAUGUUCCUUUCUAGCCACCAGCCUUGGAUUAGCAAAAGAAAGGCCUUCUUUCUGAUUCCUUAGCUCUUUGCCAUUCAGAGUACUGUACCAUUGUUAUAGAUUAGAGCUUGGUGCCUUAGAUUCGAAAACUAUUUUUAUACAGGAGCUCUUUCAUAUAGAAGGCAGAGACAAUCAUCGUAACAAAUGAAUUUCUGGUAUUUUUCUGCACCAAUGUCACAUGUUGGAACACUGUUACACCUGCAUUUAUAUGUGUGCUCUGUGAAAUAAACUUUGCAGAUAAAGCAA